UAAAAAAUAAAAGAAUAAUGCUUUAUUCCACUGUCCCACCGCCGUGCAUGGCGGCUCCGGCGACACUCCUCCUCCGUCAACCUCCACUCCGUCCAUUAUUCCGGCCACCUCCAACGCUUCUUCCGCAUCUCCGGAGUGAAAAGCUUCUUGCUUUUAAUGAUCUUAGAGGAGGCAAAGGAGAUAUUUGGCCAAAUGAUUCAAAUGCAAAUGACAAAAUGAGUGAAUUCUAUGAGAUUGAAUUCAAAGUUCGCGACUACGAAAUCGAUCAGUAUGGUGUUGUGAACAACUCCGUUUAUGCCAAUUACUGCCAAUUCGGUCUACACGAAUUUCUAGGGAGUAUUGGUAUCGACGCCGACGAAAUGACCCGAAACGGUGUUCUCUUCGCGUUUACGGAGUUGGCAUUUAAAUUCCUAUCUCCUUUACGCAGUGGAGACAAAUUCGUAUUCAAGGUGAAGAUCUCUGGAUCAUCCCCUACACGUCUUCACUUCCAAGAAUUCAUCUUUAAACUCCCAAAUCUUGAGCAUGCAUGCAUGCAGCCAGUUCUUGAGGCAAAAGCGACUCUUGUCUUGCUCGACAAGAACUUCUGUCCUACAUGUAUCCCGUCCGAGAUACGCUCUAAAUUGAUUCCCUUACUAAAGCGUGACGAAUCCUAUCGAGCUGUUCAUGUUGCAUAGAAGUAAAAGCAAACGAGACAGGUAACGUCUGACGCGUAAUAAUCUUGUCCGAAGAAGAUCACGAUCUGCAGAAGUUUCAGAUUCGAGCGUCCUUAGAUUCGAGUUUCAAUAACGUCACAUGUACUUCUUUUCACUUUUCCAACAAUGUAUGCUUGUAAAUUUCAACUCGUUUGAAUAUAAAUCAUAAGAAUAAUAAUAAGAAUGAUUGCCCGUUAAUUUGA